GUUUUAUUGAUUUUGAAGAAUUAUACGUUUGUGUAAAAACCUUAUCUUCAAUUAGUUUGAUUUUCAACGUAUAUUCAAGAGGUUUAUGUUAAUUAAUUUGCAAACAUCUUUGUUUCCACUGAGCUAUGACAUUUUGGAGAAAUCUGUUUUAUCAUAGUAUCUGACCCCCGCUUAAAAGACUAAAGUAGCCGAAUGAUUUGCCGAAUAACAAGAAAUUAAAAUCUGUAUGGUGAAUUGGUAGCUGAUUACUACGAGGAGUGAAAUAAAAAUCAAUGAAUCGAGAAUUCUAUGACAGUUCUGAUGACGAUGACAUGGAAAGUCAGUAUCAAGUAGAUCCAGAAUGUUUAGUGCUCACCAGGCCAGAUAAAGACAUGCACAACAGGUGCUGUGGUGGUAAAGCAUGGUGUAUAAAGGAUAUCUGUGGUAUAAUAUGUGCUGUGUUAACAUGGCUCUUGAUCCUGUACGCAGAGUUUGUGGUGAUGAUGGUCAUGUUACUGCCCGGCCUCUCAAGUUAUCCCAUAUAUGGAUAUGUUAAUAUUUUCAUAUUCCAAUGUUUGGCGUUCUUAGCUUUUGCAUCACAUCUCAGGACCAUGUUCACAGACCCUGGUGCAGUUCCAAAAGGCAAUGCAACGAAAGAAAUGAUCAAGCAAAUGAGUUUCCGUGAAGGUCAAGUUAUAUUCAAAUGCACAAAAUGCUGUAGCAUCAAGCCAGAGCGUGCACAUCACUGUUCGGUAUGUCAGCGAUGCAUCAGGAAGAUGGACCACCACUGUCCGUGGGUCAACAACUGUGUUGGAGAGAACAAUCAAAAAUAUUUUGUUCUGUUUACAUUUUAUAUUGCGGCAAUUUCGGUACAUUCCUUGACGCUGUCAGUAUACCAAUUCGUGACGUGCAUCCGACAUGAGUGGCGAGACUGUAGCACAUACUCCCCGCCUGCCACCGUUGUGUUACUUCUGUUCCUCAUUGCGGAAGCCCUGUUAUUCGCGAUCUUCACAGCGGUCAUGCUUGGGACGCAGUUGCAUGCUAUAUGGAAUGAUGAAACUGGAAUUGAACAACUAAAAAAGGAACAAGCGCGAUGGGUCCGCAAGUCAAGAUGGAAGAGUAUACAAUCAGUUUUCGGACGCUUCUCAAUCCUCUGGUUUUCACCCUUCACCCAGCCUUCGCCCAAAACUAAGCUGGAGAGCUACUUAUACAGUGUAUAAUUUGUGUAAGUAAACGUGUCACUCUGUGUACUUGUUGCACAUGCACACAAUUAUUGGAGCGUUCUCAUUCGCUGCGUGUACAGGCUUCAUUUGGCCUUCAUUUUUAUGCAUUAUAAUGUAUUUUUCAUAUCAAAAAAUUGGCUAAAACUACGCCAAUGUAAGCAAUACAAUUUAUUUAACUUUUAAUGUACUAUUGUAUCAUCAUUUUGCUAUGUGAUUUUUAAUAUAAAUAUUGGCAUAAGAUUUAAUUUUAUAUUAUUACAAAAUGUUUUCUAAUAUACACAAAUGACUGAUAUCGAAAUUAAUGUGAGAACAAUCUAAUAAUAGGGAACCAAACAACUGCAUUUACUUUAUUUGUUACAAAUAUCAAUCACAAAUUGGUUAUAUGAAAAGUGUAAUUUUAUUUAUUAAUAAUUUGGGUAGGGCGACAUCGUAAAGAUAAUUAAGUAAGGUCGUAUAUUGUGCCUCGAGACACUGCCGUCUGUGAGUUUUAGGAGGUGUAAUCACCGAAUUCAUAAAUACCUGAUUUUAGAGUAUAUAAGACAGAAUUGAUACAAAUAGUAUGUUGAGAUAUCUAAAACCAUCCUUAUUUCCUUAAAGUCUUACACCUACUAAACUAACAGAUUCAUUGUUAAGAAAUAAGCAACAUCACACUACCAUAAAGUAUUAAAAUGAUCUAUAGCUGCUGUUUCGUUUGGACAUAUAGAAACUCCAUUGGUUUAUUUGUUGCGAUUUCAAUAUUGAGCCCUAAAGUCCGUGUAUAUCUGCUGAUUUUGAUACUCCUAAACAGGAUCUUGUAGAUUUGGCUUACAAGGCCUGUUUGCUAAUAAGUCCUAUCAAGUUCUUUGACGAAUGACCAUGUGUAAAAUUAUUACCUUACUAUCCUGAACUUAAGAUCUGAUAGUUACAUGCCCUAAUGGGGCCUAAUGAAAUAAUUAAUUAUGCAAUGUGUAAUCUUGUUUUAAUAAUGAGUACGAUUAUAACGAGUGACACAGGUAUUUCGCUUCGUUAGAAACCAGUCAGUACUCUGGCUACUUUUAUGAAUGCAUGUUAUUUUAUAUUCUAAAUAAAAUUAAAAUGUAUUUUCAACUUAACGAUUACUCCGCACGCAAGUUAGAAUAGAACUAUGUACUUUCUUUGUGUCCACACGAGCGUUGUAUAGUUUCUGUAUAUAUUUGUUUCAGUGGCACCUGUAGCCUAAAGCAUUAGUAUAUGGGAAGUGUCAUUAGAUCCAUCGUCAUCUUCUGAGUAGUCGUAGGCUGUAUUAAAAUAACAAAAAUGUCCACAAUGGGGUUUAAUUGUUUAGCAUAUUCGUAUUGUUAUACACAUUUAACCAAUGUUAAUAAAGUAGGUAAUACCGAGAGAGAUCAACAUUUUGUUAACGGUAUUGUGCUAAUAAAAGUUCAAAUUACAGUAUAGUAAUUAUUUAAUGUUUACGAAAAAUAUAUUGCUUAAUAGGGAUGAUGUAGCAAUUUUAUUUUGAAGUUAAAGGGUAAUGCCGUUUUUAAUUAUACAAUGCAAUAUAGCAAAUACGAGAUAGUAAGUAAAAUUUGGUAAUAAACGAAGCACACGCGACUGUUCUAAUGCUGAGUUUUCACUAAUGCUGUGCGAAGAAGUACAGCGCAUCUGCUAAUUAAGUUAAAAAGCCAUAAUUCUUCUUACCAAAGCUGCGCAAUAACUGAUGGUUCAAUACUAUAAAAAAAUAUUUGCCUCGCAAUCCACACAAAAAUAUCUUGCAUAUUUUACGAGUAAUACCUAUAAACGUUUAGGCAAAAUGACAAUGUCCAAUGUGUAUCAAUCGUAUCAUAUUACUAGUUUGCAAUGUAUUUGACUGUAAUAACAAAUAUUUUCUCCGCAUAAAAUGUUUUAUAUGAUUAAAAAUGGCUUACCCAAGAGCUGAUCAAACGAGGAACUUCAUACUGGCAAAUAUUGUAUAGAGUAAGUAAUAAUAAUAACCCCUUACGAUAGUUAUAGCCUUAAUAAAUCAUACUUCUUGAGAUAUGAUCAACUUAUUAUCGAGUUUCCAAGCAAUAGUAAUAUAAAUAUGUCGUCAUAACAUAAGUAAUAGUCAUAGAUACCUAAUUAUUGAUUUUGGUCAGCUCUUCGAAUACAAACGUCACACGUUAUUUAGGUAUUACGCGAUUAGGUCUAAAAUAGGACCAAUUUUAUGCUUUGGUAUAAUAAUCAUAAUUUUCUGAUUCCGUUAUCAACUUUCCCCUUAAGUGUUGUUUUUAUUUUACAUACCGGUCGAUUCGAAACUACAUUAAUCUUCCAUUUACGUUCAUAGUAAAAUAUUCAAAAUAGUUGCCUUGACAAUUCCAUUAUGCAUGAUAUAAGGGAAUAAUAUAGAAUGUUAGUAUUGUUUAAGUUUCUGUAUCGAUAAUCAAGAGUCCAGUGGGCGAUGUUUUACAUAUUAUAAGUAAAUUCGAUUGAUUUUAUUGUUUGAAUAGAGAACGGUGGUUCCAAAACUGGGAGGCGUGAUUUUAAAGAAUUAGAUUCCAAUUUCGUACACAAAUGCGUAGAUAGUGUACGCGCAAUCAUGUGCGAUUCCGUAUACGAAUUAGAUUCCUAAUAAAGCCUGGUCCGUGAGCACGUAGAAUUUUGUCCAAUGACCCCAAGCUACCCAUCCUUAUCGCUCGCGCGUAAUUAUAUUGCUGUC